UUUUCUUCUUUACCUGUCCAGGUAGCCUCUGUUUUCAUUUCAGUCUUAAUGAAAACUUUUUAAUUUACAUCUCAAGUUUCUUUUCAAAGCAGCCGAGAACUGAAACGGAUGGAGAUUGAGCUUCUCUGCCUGCUCUUUCUAUUUCUAGGAAGGCAUGAUUGCGUCCAAGGUGUCUGUACUGUGGGAGGUGCAGAAACAUGUGGAGACUGCUUGCUCAAUGGACCUCAGUGUGCCUGGUGUUCCCAGGAGAAUUUUACCCAUCCAUCUGGAGCUGGUGAAAGGUGUGAUACCCCAGCAAAUCUUUUAGCCAAAGGAUGUCAAUUAACCUUCAUCGAAAACCCUGUCUCCCAAGAAGAAAUCCUUGAAAAUAAGCCUCUCAGUGUAGGCAGACAGAAAAAUAGUUCUGACAUUGUUCAGAUUACACCUCAAAGCUUGAUUCUCAAAUUGAGACCAGGUGGGGAACACACUUUGCAAGUGCAAGUCCGCCAGACAGAGGACUACCCAGUGGACUUGUAUUACCUCAUGGACCUCUCAGCCUCCAUGGAUGAUGACCUCAACACAAUCAAAGAGCUGGGCUCGCGGCUUGCCAAGGAAAUGUCUAAAUUAACUAGCAACUUUAGACUGGGUUUUGGCUCUUUUGUGGAAAAACCUGUCUCCCCUUUUAUGAAAACAACACCAGAGGAAAUUGCCAACCCUUGCAGUAGUGUUCCAUACUUCUGUUUGCCUACGUUUGGGUUCAAGCACAUUUUGCCACUGACAAAUGAUGCUGAAAGAUUCAAUGAAAUUGUGAAGAAACAGAAAAUUUCUGCUAAUAUUGACACACCUGAAGGUGGAUUUGAUGCAAUUAUGCAGGCUGCUGUGUGUAAGGAAAAAAUUGGCUGGCGGAAUGAUUCACUCCAUCUCCUGGUCUUUGUGAGUGAUGCUGAUUCUCAUUUUGGAAUGGACAGCAAACUGGCAGGCAUUGUCAUUCCCAAUGAUGGUCUCUGUCACUUGGACAGUAAGAAUGAAUACUCCAUGUCAACUGUCUUGGAAUAUCCAACAAUUGGACAACUUAUUGACAAACUCGUACAAAACAACAUGUUAUUGAUCUUUGCUGUCACCCAAGAACAAGUUCAUUUAUAUGAGAAUUAUGCCAAACUUAUUCCUGGAGCGACAGUGGGGCUGCUUCAGAAGGACUCUGGCAACAUUCUCCAGCUUAUCAUCUCGGCUUAUGAAGAACUGCGGUCUGAGGUGGAACUGGAGGUAUUGGGGGACACAGAAGGACUCAACCUGUCCUUCACAGCUAUCUGUAACAAUGGCACCUUCAUCCCACAUCAGAAGAAAUGUUCUCACAUGAAGGUGGGAGACACAGCUUCAUUCAACGUGACUGUGACUGUACCGAACUGUGAGAGAAGUAGGCGCAUUCUCAUAAAGCCUGUGGGGUUGGGGGACACCCUGGAAAUACUUGUCAGUCCAGAAUGUGACUGUGACUGUCAGAAAGAGGUGGAAGUGAACAGCUCUAAAUGCCACAAUGGGAACGGCUCCUUCCAGUGUGGGGUGUGUGCCUGCAACCCUGGCCACAUGGGGCCUCACUGUGAGUGUGGCGAGGACACCCUGAGCACAGAUUCCUGCAAAGAGGCCCCGGACCAUCCCUCAUGCAGUGGGAGGGGCGACUGCUACUGUGGACAAUGCAUCUGCCACUUGUCUCCAUACGGGAACAUUUAUGGGCCAUAUUGCCAGUGUGACAAUUUCUCCUGUGUGAGACACAAAGGGCUGCUGUGCGGAGAUAACGGGGACUGUGACUGCGGUGAAUGCAUGUGCAGGGGCGGCUGGACGGGCGAGUACUGCAACUGCACCACCAGCACUGAUGCAUGCGUCUCUGAAGAAGGGGUGCUCUGCAGCGGGAGAGGGGACUGCGUGUGCGGCAAGUGUGUCUGCACGAACCCGGGAGCCUCGGGACCCACCUGCGAACGCUGUCCUACCUGUGGUGACCCCUGCCACUCUAAACGAAGCUGUAUUGAAUGUCACCUGUCAACAGAUGGCCAGGCUCCGGAAGAAUGUGUGGACAAAUGCAAACUGACUGGGGCAACAAUCAGUGAGGAGGAAGAUUUCUCAAAGGAUAGUUCUGUUUCCUGCUCUCUGCAAGGAGAAAAUGAAUGUCUUAUUACAUUCCUAAUCACUACAGAUAACGAGGGGAAAACCAUCAUUCACAACAUCAAUGAAAAAGACUGUCCCAAACCUCCAAAUAUCCUCAUGAUCAUGUUGGGGGUCGCAUUGGCUAUUCUCCUCAUCGGGGUUGUCCUCCUAUGCAUUUGGAAGUUGCUGGUAUCAUUUCACGAUCGCAAAGAAGUUGCUAAAUUUGAAGCUGAACGAUCAAAGGCCAAGUGGCAGACGGGAACCAAUCCACUAUACCGAGGCUCCACGAGUACUUUUAAAAACGUGACCUACAAACACAGGGAAAAGCAAAAGGUAGAUCUGUCAAGCGAUGGGUAGAAGUCCUUCAUGCAUGGGAAAAGUCUGCUCCACUGACAUGAAAGGUUAAUGCACUGUUUGAUUUUUCAUUCUUUGUUGCUUCAAAGGAGGUUGGUUUAGAUAAUAAUAGGUCAUUUGGAGAUCAGUCAUCUCUACAUAAAGGUGAGACGCUGUUGGCAGGUUGAAAACAAUCAAGAAGAGGAAUUUCUAUUGCAAGGAGGUGACUUUGGAGAUCACUUGAGGAAUACUCUGUUGCAUUAAUGUCUCAAAAAAAAUCAUCAACAUGAUUCAUGUGUGCCUGCUUUGCAUUUGAAAAAUGUAUGGAAUUAGAAUCUCAUUUGUUUGCAGAAUACAGCUACCUGACGUCUUUGUCUCAGCCCAUGUGCUCACACUGGAUACUCACCUUUGGCAGCUGUUCUAAGUUUGUAGUAAAUCUGUCCUUUCCUAAAGGAAGAUUUGCUUCAACUCUGUGAGAAAUGAGACCUUGGUUUUACUUCAGCUGAAAGAAUACAACUCUUCCAAAGGUAUCCCAAAUGGAAGAUGGAAAAUUAUGUAUGAGUUACUUCUGUGAAUUUGUAUGUAUUUUGUCAGGUACACAAACAAGGAUUUUGGGUUUUAUAGAUAAGGAAGAAGUAAUUUAUAAAUGAUGUCACCAAUAAAAAUGAAGAGAACAACCCUAUCAUUGGGCUAAUUUAUAAAUUACUAGGAAAAUGCUCAGUUUCUGCUUGUUCCUGAGUUCUAGCCUAUUCUCCCUCCUUCACCUUAUUUUAUUCAGUCUCGGUCUUCCAAGUUAAUUGACCAAUGAAAGUGUCCAUUUCUUUUUGAAAAACUGUUUUAAAUGGCUUUUUCUAAGUGUGCUCCAAUGAAAGGAACCUGAGGUAACAAUCAAAUGUUUGACACUUUUUAAUCAGGCAUAUCAAGAGUGCAUAGGCCCUUGUUGUGUAUAGGCUUUUUAACCUAUCUUCUUGUCACAUCUGUACAGCCCAGCAUGCAUCUGUCCCUUGUUUGUGAUGGAGAUGCAUUAUAUAAAUUGUUUUAAGAAGUUAAGACCUUACUUGUAAAUUACAUGUGAACGGGACCAGGCAUGGCUACACACACCUGUGUUCCCAGCGUUUGAGAAGCAGAAGCAGGAAGCUCAUGAAGUUCCAAGCCAAUUUAAUAUGGUGGAAAAAGAAAACAAAAAUGUGGAUAAAUUAAGGAUCCACUAGUAAGAAGGAAUUGAAGAGAUGGACUCUACUGGAUAUUAUUUCUUAUGGUAACUGCUCCAUUAGGAAGAAUUUUCAUCCCAUAUGACACUCAUGAUGAAGCCAAGGCUCAGAGGUUGGGUAGAAGAAGUGAAUUCUGAAGCUACAUCUUCUAACUCCAAGCCUCUUCUCCUUCCCACUGCAUGAGACUGUUACAUUUUUUAGAAAAAAAAAUGAUAGAUUUUGUUAAUUAAAUGAUAGCUACCAUUUAUUUGAAAGUGCACUGAGAGUAAAUAACCAGAAUUUAAACCAUUAGGGUACAGGUGAGUUGGGGUUUUGUGUAGUGUUCAUUACGUUUGAUUAGAUUGUGACAGGAGGCCUUUUGCUAGGUGAGUAGUUCCUUAGGUAGUGAGAACUUCGUGGUUGAUGGUUGUCCACUGAAUCAUGUCAUCUCAAGAGAUUCUUUAGUGCUACCAGACAGAUCUAUACAGAUUCUGUUGCUUGAAGAUCUGUUUUUUUUUCUGAUUUCUAAAUAACUCAGGUAAAUCAGAGGGUUAGGGGUUACACAGAUAAAUGAAAAGAAUUACUAAGUAAUCUCCUUGGACAGAUAAGGAGUAAGGCAUCCCAGGUUUCCUGACUGUGGCCCAGAAUUUGAGCAGGUGGACUAUAGAUGACAUGUAGCCAGUGACAUUUCUAAGAGGACAGAUUGGCAUUAUUUCUAUCAUUACUGAAAUGAGAUUUUAGAAAAUAUACAUUUCUUUUGUGUGUGUAUUAGGGAAAAAUCUUCUCUUUCUCUAAGUGCUGUUUUGACCCAAGGCAGGACCUUGAAAAGGCCAAAACACUAACAGCAGUACUUCUGUUCACUGAAGAAUUAUGUUACAUGAAGAUAAAGUGGUUGUUUUGUAAGUUGUUUUUAUUUUGUGUUGACAUAAAUAAACAUGGUAAUUUAAAUGAU